GACCUGUUAACUCAUUGCUGAUUUCCUUAGCAAAUAAACCAGCAGCUGCAGGUCCAAGCCCUGGCUUAGUGCAGAGAAGGUGGCAUUUGUGUGGGACAGGAUGCUUUCAUGGAGCCCUUUAGCCAACUUAUUUUGGGACUUACAGUGCAAACUGUAUUUUCUGCUUGUAGGGAUUUGUUCUGCCUUAAAACUGACAGUACCAUCUCAUACUAUCCAUGGUAUUGAGGGGCAACCACUUCAUCUUUCUGUUGACUAUGAUUUCAAUGCUACAGCUUCUGAAAUCCAGAUAAUUUGGCUUUUUGAGAGGUCUCAAAGUAACCCAAAAUACUUGCUUGGCUCUGUAAAUCAAAGAGUAGUUCCAGACUUGGAAUACCAGCACAAAUUCACCCUUGUACCACCAAAUGCAUCUUUGAGGAUUAAUCCAUUGCAUCUCAGUGAUGAAGGCAACUACAUUGUAAAAGUCAAUGUCCAUGGAAAUGGGACCAUAGCUGCAAGUGAAAAGAUUCAAGUAGCUGUUGAUGUUCCAGUCACAAAGCCAACCGUACAUACUGAACCAUCUUCAGGAGUAGUGGAGUAUGUAGGGAAUAUUACCCUAACAUGUACUGUGGAUAGAGGUACAAGGGUAGCUUACCAGUGGAUGAAAAAUGGGAAGCGUCUUCAUGCUGGCCCUAAUUAUACUUUUUCAUCAAACAAUGCUACAUUUCUAAUUGUUCCUGUAGUAAAAGAAGACAUUGGGAAUUACAGCUGUCUGGUAUCUAACCCUGUCAGUGCAAUGGAAAGUGAGAUAAUUGCACCAACCAUAUAUUAUGGGCCUUAUGGACUUAGAGUCAAAUCAGACAAAGGUCUGAAUAUAGGAGCAGUGUUUACAGUUGACGUGGGGGAAGUUGUACUGUUUGCCUGCUCAGCAGAUUCAAAUCCACCAAAUACUUAUUCAUGGAUUCAAAGGGAUGACAAUAACACUCAAGUAAUCAAGUAUGGACCCCAUCUGGAAGUUGUGUCUGACCAAGUGGCCCAGAAGACAAUAGAUUACAUGUGCUGUGCUUUCAACAAUGUGACUGGGAAACGAGAUGAAACUCACUUCACAGUUGUUGUUAUGUCUGUAGGGUUGGAAAAGCUGGCCCAGAAAGGAAAAUCUUUGUCUUCUCUUGCAGUAAUAACAGGAAUUUCAUUAUUUUUGAUCCUAGCUAUGGUCUUUUUAUUUCUAUGGAAAAGAUAUCGGCCACAUAAAGUGAUACAACAGAAGCUACAGAGCAGGACAGAGGCUGAUUACAGAAAGGCACAGGCAUUUUCAGGACAUGAAAGUGCUUUGGAUGAUUUUGGGAUAUAUGAGUUCAUCACUUUUCCAGAUCUUACCAGUGGUUCUAGGGUUUCAAGUCAAUCUGCUCCUGGCCCUGACUUUGUCACAGGCCAGGAUAUGCUAAGUACGGUUUAUGAAGUUAUUCGGCACAUUCCUGAGCAGCCACAACAAGACCACCAACAAUGUAUAUGAAGAUACAGGAAGAGGAAAUCAAAGCAUCUGAAAAUGCCAAAGCUGCUGCUUCUUCUUUAUAAUAUAUUGAAGGAAAUGCCAACAACUCCAAGAGUAGCAAAGGCUUAUGCCACCUUGUUUUAAAAUAGUAGUUUCUCUUCAGAGUGACAAUCCCCUUCCUUGGGGUGCUCCAAAUUGCCCAUUUCUUAAUUCUUUUUUCUUUUAUUAAAGUAAUAAUUCCUUGGAACAUAUGGAUAGUUUGAAUUACUUUUUUUUUUCCUUAUUAGUGAAUGGACAGACAAAGGGAUAGCUUAAAAAAUGCACUAUAAAACCUUUUUUUAAAAAACAAUUGGCAGGGGCACAAGGAUUCUGGUCCAAGAUGCUGUCCAUGCUUUUUUUAUUUAAAAAAUAAUAAAAAAUAGCAAAUAGGUUUUAUAUUUGGGUUGACUUUCACAAGAGAAGACGUCCAUACUGGCAUGAAAAGUGAUAAAUGCAGUAUGUCAGAUUGCAAAAUACAUUUGGGGUUUAGAAUAAAGUCAUUCUUUUAAGUAAUUUAAUGUGACAUAAUUUUCAAGCAUAGAAACAGAUCUGUCAGGCAGUUACAAAACUGUACAUACAUAUAUUAUUCAGAAUAAUGUGUCCUCAUUGAAUUCUGUUUCCUUUGCAUUUGAACUGGUUUUCUAUUUGUUGCUGAAUAGCCUGCUUCUUAUUGACUAGGAGAGUAAGUAAUAUUCAACUUUUUUUCAAAAGCUGCAGAAAGUUCAGGCUAUUUGUACAUUAAAACAAUUCUCCAGUGCAAAUGAAGCCAAUCUUACUCUGUUUGAACAGUGUGCUACAAGUCCCUUUGCAAAUAGAAGAAUACUCUUCUAGAAGCUUCUGUUAGCUGGCUUCUGAAUCCUGCAGGAAAAUUCACUAUUAUUUCCACAGGGUCAGCUAUUAGUUAGUGUCAGCUGCAGUCAGGGAAAAGAGGAAAUAUGAACUGAAUUAAUCUAAACGAAAAAAAAGUUACUUCAGGAACAGUUAAUUGUGCAGAAAAUCAUUACUGUGAGUAAUGAGAAAGGAUACAGUGUGUCCAUCCUUUAAGACAGGCUGUAUGGUAUUAUUCAAAGCACUCUCUAUUAUGAAAAAUAAUUUGCACAAAUUAAAAAUAACCUCUUUAAUCCAUAUUUACUAAACAUUCUUCCUGUCUCCAUCUUUCAAAGACAAGGGAAAAUAGCAUGGUUUUAAGUGAGCAUUCUGAUCUUGUGAGGCUGAAAAAAAAGGGAAAAAAACAACUGCACCAGUGCAUGUGAGGAAUAUAGGAUUUGGCACUUCACAGAGUCAGCACAUGAAGCCCAGAUAUGCAAGUAGUCUCAAAAAUAGUGUAUUCACCAGAUUUUCUCCCUAAGAAAUAGCAUCUGACAUGAAGGCAUCAGGCAGAGUCUCUAAGUAGAAACAUUUGGGCAGAACUCUGAAAGACAGAGAAGUUUAGAGUUCCCCAUAAAUUUCUCCAUUGUUCAGUCAGAGCUGACUUCAUGUGUAUUUCAAAUCAAGACAGCUCUUUGGGAUUUACAAAGUCUGAUUUUCACUCUCUUUUCUCCUCUUCUUCUUGCUGGAGCGAUAAUUUUAAUUGCUCUGAAGGGAGUGUGCUGAUUUCUGAAGUGCUUGAGACCAUUGGAUGUCACUGCAGGCCACAGGGCUAGCUACAGGAAAUGCAGAUAAAUUAAGAUAAAGUAGUUUCUCCACCUCUGGACCCUCUGUAUUUAAAACUGCCAGUUGUUUACAUUUUUUAAGCUUUUAUGGGGGAAAAACAAAAGAAGUCGGGUCAGUAUCAGUUCCAUUCUACAUUCUUUUAAGCUCACUUAAGCCCAUGCCUAAGUGCAUUUUGAAGGUCCCAAAACAUUUUGUUUCUGAAUCUGUGCUCGUGUCUCAAUAACAGAUGAGCAAAUUGUUUUGGAUUAAGCCAUUUGUCAAUAAUGUGUGAUGACUUCAGUACCCCAAUACAAAAGUCCACCUUAACAGUCUUGAACUUCUGAAAAGUGCCUGUAAAAAGAACUGUAAAUUUAAUAAAACAAUUUUGUUUAUGCAUCACAUAAUGCCUAAUAGUUCUGUGGGUCCAUGCAUUUUCACUGGAAAGGACACCCAUCAUUAGGUUUGUAAAUAAAAAAAAAAAACCUGCCUGUUGCAAGUAAAGUGUCCCCUAGAGGCCCUGUAUGCAAGUUGUGGCUGCCACAUUCCUACUCUCCACUUACAACAAAAAUUUACAGAGAAAAUCUCAACAGGAAGGGAAAUUUAUUUUACUAUAGAAAGAAGAAAAACUGGCUUAAAAAAUUAUUCUAGCUAUGGCAGCAGAACCAGCUCCACAGAUCGGAAUAUGUUAUUGAAAUAGACAGAGGGCAAACACAGGCAAGUCAUCUUCUGCUUAUAAUAUAUUGUUCUCAUCUGUUUUGUUUCAUUGUGUCUUGUGUAUUACUGACUGUUAACCAAAAAUACACUGGCAUAAAUUCCUAUUGAAACUGUGCUCAUUCUUUACUGUUCUUCCAAAAUUUGCACAGUGCAUUGAGCUACUUUCGGUGGGGAAAUCCAUUUGGUGGAAGUAUAAAAAAAUAAACUAUAAGGAAAAAACAAUUCUGAAAUGUCACAGAAGCUUAAUGGAUGACAAAGAAAACCUUUGCAUAUUGUACACUUGUCUCUUUCUCACUGGUACCACAACAUUCAAAAGAGAUUGAUAAGCUUUUAUUUAUUGAUGUAAAAUCUAUUCCGAAUUUUACCAAAACCAAUGGAGUGUGUGUCCAUUGAACUAGAUGAUGCAUACACUGGGUAGUUCAAAUAUGAGAUGGGGAUAAAGAGAAAGCAGUGUGAAAUGGGACAGGAAGGAAUUUUUAAAAUCUUGUCUCUUUUUUUUCCCCCAAUUCCUUUCGGUGGAGGUUUUUGCCAUUUCAUUUGCCUGCCUGCUGAUGAAGGUCAAGAAUGACUUUCUUUGAUGAAGUGAAGCUGUGGACUUUGAGAUCAAAGGCCAUCAGUCUAUAUUCCACAGUCCUUUAAGACUGCAGCAAGAUCAAGGAGGCUUUGGCAGCAUUAGAAGAAGCACUGCAGCAGGCUGAGGGAGACGACCCUUCCCCUCUGCACUGCUGAAGCCAAACCUGGAGUGCUGAGUCCACUCAGUGCUGGGCUCUCCAGUACAAGACACCAGAGCAAUCCAGCAAAGACCCACAACAAUGAUGAGGAUCAUCUGACAUACAAUGGUGAGUUGAGAGAGCUGGGAUCUGAAGAAGAAAUGCCUCAGGGAGAUGUUACCAAUGUUCAUCAUUAAAGAAAAACCUUUUAUACUGUCAAGGUGGUCACAGACUUCUGCCCUGGAGUCUCCAUCUUUGGAGAUAUUAUAAACCCAACUGGAUGCAGUCCCAGCCAAUCUUCUGUAGUUGACCUUUGUACUAAAUUUUGCACUGGACCAUGCCAUAUAAGGAGACAAGCUGGGAUACAAAGCUUAGAAUUACAGAGUAGUUCUUUUAUUCGUGCACAUGAGGCAUCCUGUUCAAAGCAGGACAGGCAUUCAGGUGCACAUUUCACUUACUGCUGCUUAACAAACACACAUUAAUAUUUACUAAUCAUAGUAAAACUUUGCAAAGCAACUACAUUUCUAUGGUGUCAUCAUCCACCUGCUUCUCUAUUGAUCAGAUGCACCCAGUGUCAGUCUUGAUAUACAUACUUAUCUAUAGUGACAGAUGGUGGGAGGGUUUCAAACACAUGUUAGAGAGGCUAGAAUGCUGGGAUUAUCUUGGUUGCCCAGGAGUAUAUUUUAUUCUUCAUGGACAGUGAUUAAAAUUCCAAGAAGAAAAGUCCUUAUCUGAGGAACCAGGUCGUCCUCCUUAAAAUAAGAUGGGGUUCUUUAGUUUGCUUGCUUAAGCAUGACUGUUCAGUGUCCAGUGUAAACUAUACAUAUGUUUUAAAGAAAGUCAAUAUCAUUUUAUAUUACAAAGAUUAAUUGGUAUAAUAGAUAGGGAAUGAGAUUUUCCUAAGAUGCUGCUUUGUGCAAGAGUUGGACCAGAUGAUCUCAAGAGGUGCUUUCCAGCCUGACAUGCUGUGAUUCUGUGAUCUGGGGAGAGAAAUGAUUAGUAGGUAAAUAUCAGCAAAAACAACACUAGCAGUUACAACACAAUCAGUUCAUGUUAUUGUAACAGGAAUGUAUGCUUCCAUUAAACACCUCCUUAAACAUGCAUGGCUAGCUAAGCAACAUAUGAUGGCAAAAUACAAGCACAAUACUUUGCAUGUACCUCCAUGCUUUAUCUGUAGAAAACUGAGUCUUGAAAAGAGGACGCCUCAUUGUUUUAUGAUCUCCGAUUAAAACACUUCUCAAAGUAGCUUUAUUCUUUUUUUAUUAUUUUUUGCUUUACUCAGCUAAAAUACAAUCAGGUAUUUUCUAUGGACUUUCUUCAGUGUUAGCACAAUUCCUUUGGAAAUCUGUCACCAGUAUGGUCCUACAUUUACAUCAUACCUCUUUCUGGGAGCUAGAGGCCAACCGCUUCCCACAGGACAUGGCAGGAGUUUCUGGGAACUAUGCUGGGACAGCGAGAAGGAGAAAGGGAAAGGAGCUAAUGCUAGUGAACAUUAACUUUCUGACUGAUGUGCAAAUUGAUCAUGUCCCAUGUGACUUGUACAUUUCAAGGGGGACUGUUUCCUCAAUGCUGUGUCCUGCAAAAGGCUUCCUGAUUAAUAGAAGCUACUUUCUAGGUAGAUAAAUGUUUGUAUUGAGAAUACUUUUACAUCCAACCAAGUAUUUUUUUUUUAAUGCCCUUGAACAGUCAGUCAUGAUGUAUUUUUGAGUAUAUUCUCUAUUCACACAC